CGGUGUUCUGUUGCCCUGCUCUCCACAUUUGGUUACAACACGCAUGUGUUAAAUCUAUCAGUGCUUAGGCCUAUUUAUUCUAUUUUCGACACAUGAGACUGGCGAUGUGCAGAGCGCAGGAUGUGGAGCUGUGUGGAUAUCUGGAUGGAUGAAUAGAUGAGCGGAAAGCUGACAGCACCGUGAAAACACCGUGAAGUGGACGUGGCGUGCAGCGGCGGGGCUUCUGCAACUUUGUCUGCUUGUACGGUUGAACAGGUGAAGCUGGGCAGUUGAACAAAGCUUGAAAAGGAUGGUCAUCGGAGUGAUGGGAUAAACUAAACGCGCGAUCUGUUUUUUGGAAUCACAUAACAGAAUCCUGCUAGUCAUUUAAAGUUUUUUAUUUAAACAUCAUGAGCAAAAUUUAAUCUCUGAGUAACACAGCCGUGUUUUUUAGCCUACAUGAGUCUAUGGGAAAAAUCUCAGCGGAGAUUUACUUUUAUGCAAGAAUCUUUUAUGUGAAACUUCUAGAGAUGAAGGAAAAAUGCAAGAACGCAGCGAAGACGCGGAGAGAAAAAGAGAACGGAGAGUUUUAUGAGCUGGCCAAACUGCUGCCUCUGCCGGCGGCCAUCACCUCCCAGCUUGACAAGGCCUCCAUCAUCCGACUAACCAGCAGUUACCUCAAGAUGAGGGCAGUCUUCCCUGACGGUCUGGGUGAUGGAUGGGGUCAGUCAACAAGGUUCAGUCCUCUGGACAGCAUGGCCAAAGAACUGGGUUCCCACCUUUUACAAACUCUGGAUGGCUUUGUAUUUGUUGUUGCCUCUGAUGGCAAAAUCAUGUACAUCUCUGAAACAGCAUCGGUCCACCUUGGCCUUUCCCAGGUGGAGCUAACAGGAAACAGUAUAUUUGAGUACAUCCAUCCAUCAGACCAUGAUGAGAUGACAGCAGUGCUGGGUCUUUGCCAGCCCCCACACCAUCACUUCUCUCCAGAGUAUGAAAUAGAGCGCUCCUUCUUCUUGAGGAUGAAGUGUGUUCUUGCUAAACGAAAUGCAGGACUUACAUGUGGGGGAUAUAAGGUCAUCCACUGCAGCGGCUACCUGAAAGUGCGUCAGUACAUGGUGGACAUGGUGCUGUAUGAAUCCAGUUAUCAGACUGUAGGCUUGGUAGCAGUUGGUCACUCCUUGCCCCCCAGUGGUAUCACCGAGAUCAAACUCCACAGCAACAUGUUCAUGUUCCGGGCCAGCCUGGACUUAAAACUCAUUUUCUUGGACACAAGGGUGGCAGAGCUGACAGGCUAUGAGCCUCAGGACCUGAUAGAGAAGACUCUCUACCACCACAUUCAUGCCUGUGACGUUUUCCAUCUACGCUAUGCUCACCAUUUAUUAUUGGUGAAGGGGCAGGUAACCACUAAGUACUAUCGUAUGUUAUCAAAACAUGGAGGCUGGGUGUGGGUGCAGAGCUACGCCACCAUUGUCCAUAACAGCCGCUCCUCCAGACCUCACUGUAUUGUCAGUGUGAACUACGUCCUCACUGACAUCGAGUGCAAGGAGAUGCAGUUGUCUGAAGACCAGAGUCGAGCUACUAAACCCGGUCUCAGUCCUUCUUCCUCUCAGGACCACCGCAAACAACUCAGAACCAAAGCAGUCAAGAUGAGGACCAAACUCAGAACAGCUCCCUAUCCUGAGGUGGGACCUCCACUUGGUAGACAAAAGCAGGCCGCUGGCCUUCUCCAACCAGGAUGCUUGAGCUGCUCCCCACAAAGGGGGCCGUGGAAGGAGAGAUCCCCAUACCCCCUGACCACAUGCAGGGAAAGGAGCUCCAGUCUGAGCCCCGAAGCAGGCCAGGUGACUUGCGGCCCCACUUACAACCUGACCCUCCAUUACCCCUACAAUCACCAACAUCUGGAUGCUCAGAGCCAGCUGCCUAGCUCAGAUCCGUCCUCUCAGCUGGCUCAGCAGAUCAUUGGCUCCCUGCACAGCAGGGGGUCUGUGGAGUGGAACAUCAGCAGGCCCCCAGCACCCAACAAAUACACAGGCCCUGUGCUGGCAGCUGACCGGAGGUACCCUGAUGAGAUCUACUAUGAUUCUUCCAGCAGCACAAACCCACCCUCUACCAACAAGCUGAAGGAAGAACCCUACGAACAUUACACACUUGUCCACAGGGAGGUGUCUGAGGUUUGUCCAUACCCUCGUCUUCAUGCCACCAAAGACAAUAAGCCUUUUGGCCAGGAUGUCCAACAUAAUACAAGAGGUACUGAGGGCCCUCGAAGUGACCGGGCCCUUGCCUGCCCUUUGGUCAGUGGCCUUGUACUGGGUAAAGGUGAUCAGGGUGGCUUGCUGCACAGUGCAGGCCAGCCUCUCCCUGUGCACAUGGCACUAGAGCAGAAGAGAAGGCUGUGUUUGAUGGAGGCUCCCUACAGCCACCCAGCUGCAGGAUAUCCACAACCGACUGAUGGUCGCCAGCAGCAUGGGGCAGCUGCAGAGCUGCAGCCCAAGUCUGCUGAGGAGGACCGGAGAAUGUUGAUAGGUAUGGGUGUUGGGGUAGGACUUCCAGCCCAAUCUCCAUACAUGUCUUUGAAUUUUCAUAAAGUCUGGGGCAAACACAAUCCUAUUAAAGCCACCCCUUUAGCCACACUGAGCCAUAUACCAGAUGGCCACAUUUACCAUGGUAAAGAAACAGCCUCUUACAGCUGUAACAGCCAGAGUCCCAGCUCAGGCUCAUCGCCUGAGAGCCAUAGAGAGAUGCCACAUUACAUUGGCACAUCUGUUAUUAUCACAAACGAGAGGUGACCCAGAACAGAAGCUCGGAAGAGCCAUGACUCUGAGUGCUUCAAAGACUCCAGCCAGACUCAUUUCGCUUGGAUACAUCCAUUUUGCACUUCUGCAGGAUAGCGUGAUACCCAAUAGAACUUUACAGAUGAGUUGUCCUUCAUAUAAAAAAUCAGCCUGAACAUAUUUAGAAAAUGUAUGCAAUACAGCUUUUGCCAUAAUUUUGUUAACUUUUUCUUUUAUCAUUAAAAUUAUUCAACCCAAACCCAAAUUCAGGGCCUAAACAUUAUAGGUGAUUUGAACCUUUUUUGUUUGUUUGUUUGUUUGUUUGUUUGUUUGUUUGUUUGUUUGUUUGUGUGUUUGUUUUUUAAUUUUCACACAUGGAAAUACCUUGUUCAGCUUGGUGGUGACAGUCAGAAGUGUUUAUGUUGAAAAUAUGUGUGUGGAUUUUGGAUAGAAAACACCAGGCUUCAUUUGAAAAACACAAACAGUCUGUCAUGGGGUGUGAGUAUCAGCAAUAUUGUAAGAUGAGAAUCAGUUUUGAGUGAAAAAGAAUGUUUCAUAGUGAUGUCAGGCAUACACUAGUCAACUGAAAAAUCUCUCGAAACCUUUUAAAUACUUUUUGAAAUGAUAUGGUUGUGCAGUGUAGUAUAACUGUGUUUAUGAUAAGGUGCAGCCCCACAGCAUGAGCAGCAGGCCUCUAGUACGACAGCUCUUGAGUUUUAUUUAUCAGGCAAAAAUAAUUAAUGUGGGCAGAUUUUUUUUUUUCUUUAAAUGUACUAUUUAUUCAAAAUGAUAUAUGUAUUGCAUCACUUACCAGGCAUUAACACACACAACAUAUGGUGCAACAAAGUGGGCCAAGACAUUCUCACCCCAAGUAGUCACAUAUUGCUGCUUUGUCAGUGGCCUUUCACAUCUACAUAUUAUGUGCUAGGUAUCCUCCUCUGUCUCUGCUCAGCACAUGGUUAGGUUUAUAAUUUAAAAAAAUGCUUUGGUUUGGUUUGAUUUUUUUUACAUUUUCAAUAUUGGGGGUAUUGGCCAAGUUCAGCAUUAUAGGCACUGUUUGCUAUCUUUCACUGGACAUGCAGGAUGUUCUUACAGAACUCUGUAUGGAAAUAUUUUAAUACUGCUUUGUCCCCUUGAUCAAAUUGGUGAUUACAUUUUUGACUGAACCAAAGGACAGAAUCAUGGCUGUGGUUUUAAAAUGAAUCUACAUUCAUACGGUUUGUUGGAGCCAUCCACCCCCCCCUCCUGCCUGCUCUGUAACGACUCUCUAGCUGUUUAUAUGAAGUCCUCACCAGCAGCGUUUCAAAGUGACGCUGUCCAGCAGCGGAUCAUAUUGCCACGAAAGGUGCCAUCUAGUCAACCAGUGGCACAUCAUAACACCACCAAAGGUUACAUCUGGCUGCGUUACAAAUUGAUGCUGCCUGGCAGCAUAUUGUACCGCUUUGAAAGGUGGCUUUUGCCGUUGCUGUCUGAUGCCGAUUUUACUGACAGAGCAGCAGUUUUUGACGACUUUGGAAUGAGAACAGACUUAGAAUUGGUUAUCAUGGAAACAUGUUUGUCUACUAUAAA